AAGAGCGGUACGAAAACUCCAAGCAUGAUUAUGGCUCGCAGCGUUGCGAUCCAGUAUACUUUUCUUGCGCGGUAAUUCCUCCUUCUUGCUCAGUUGUUAACCAUUUUCUCUUUCACCAUGACGGCUUCUUGGAAGAGGGUCUUGAAUUUAACCUACUUUAUUGUUUUUGACCAUUUACUUUCCUGUUUGGUUUCGAGCCAAUAUGCUCCAGAGCACUUGUAUCAGAAUGUGGAGCACUAUUCCUCUGGGUCCCAAGCGGACCAAUAUCCCGAUUACUACCUUAACACAGCAAAUCAAGUUUACCCAUCGCCCAAUGGAAUCAAUCGGCAAGGCAUUCAAGCAUUACUCUCCAGUCCGGGUGCCGGGGCCAUCCAGUUUGGGGCACUCAUCAUUUUGGGUGGGGCUGCCAUCAUCACGGGUGUCCAAGCUGCUAACACGAAUCGGGAUUUUAACACGCUGCAGUCUCGUUUUAGGACCAUUUGUAAUGCCGUCAGAGUAGCAGGAGCCGUGGACGGUCCACCUCCUAAUCUUGGUCUUGAUCCUAUUCUCGAUCUCGAUCCAGGUCUGGAUCCAAAUUUUGUUCCUGCUCCUCCUCCCGAUUUUGAGUUUGAUCCUGGUCCUGCUCCUGCUCCUGCUCCUGCUCCUGCUCCUGCUCCUGCUCCUGCUCCUGCUCCUGCUCCUGCUCCUGCUCCUGCUCCUGCUCCUGCUCCUGCUCCUGCUCCUGCUCCUGCUCCUGCUCCUGCUCCUGCUCCUGCUCCUGCUCCUGCUCCUGCUCCUGCUCCUGAACCCGCUUCGGCUCCUGAACCCGCUUCGGCUCCUGCCCCUCCUCUGGUUAUAGAUCCUGCUGCCCAAGAAGCCCUACAACGAGUCAAUGCAGUUAUAUCGGCUUUGAGACAAGUUGGAAUGACGACCUGCAAUUUUUGAUUGCUCUCUAUCAACAAUGAGUUUAAUAAAAGCAUCUACU